AUGAACUUCUCUGUCUAUUUACCACCACAAGCCGAAGGAGGGGAUUUGAAAUUACCUGUCAUUUUUUAUCUUUCUGGCCUCACUUGUACUGAGCAGAAUUUUAUCACCAAGUCUGGUUUCCAAAGAUAUGCAGCUGAACAUGGCAUAAUUGUUGUUGGACCUGAUACUUCUCCCAGGGGAGUGAAAAUACCCGGUGAUGAUGAAUCUUGGGAUUUUGGUGUGUCUGCUGGCUUUUAUUUGGAUGCUAUUAAGGAUCCCUGGUCCAAGUAUUAUAGGAUGGGUAGCUAUUUAAACAAAGAGCUGUACGAACUGAUUCAAAAUGUCUUCAGCAUUGUAGUUGAUCCAAACCGCAUUGGGAUAAUGGGUCACAGUAUGGGAGGCCAUGGAGCGCUUGUUUCAACAUUGAGAAACCCAGGAUUAUAUAAAUCUGUCAGUGCAUUUGCACCCAUUUGCAAUCCCAUUGCAUGCUCUUGGGGAGUGAAGGCAUUUACUGGUUAUCUUGGAGAAGAUAAAAAUGAAUGGCAGGAAUGGGAUGCAAGUGAACUUGUUAAAAAGUAUAAUGGACCACCACUCACACUACUUUUGGACCAGGGUGCUGCAGACAAAUUCUACAUUGAAAAACAAUUACUUCCUGAAAAUUUAGUGAAAGCUUGCCAAUCUGUUGGAGUGCCGGUGAUAUUAAAAUUGCGUGAGGGAUAUGAUCACUCUUACUACUACAUUUCAACAUAUAUUGGUGAACAUUUUGAUUUCCACGCUAAGAUUUUGAAGGCU